GUCCGACGAGGUAAGCCUGUCUGUCCUGUCUGUCUGUCGUGUACCCUGGCAGAGAGAGACACGUUUGCCUUGCUGCGUCGCUAACCAACGGGCUAGUUAACUGGGUUGGCAGCGCUGUUGGCUUGCUGUGCUUGCUGUAUGCCUCCAAGGUUCCUCACCAGACGGCUUCACAUCCCAGCUUCACGCAGGCCUCCCUUAUUUCCUACUAGUCCUGCUGCUCUCGUCCGUCCUUCCAGUAGCCAGCCAGUCGCCCUCCCUAUACCACCGCCGCUGCUGCUCUUUGGUCAGUUGCCGACUCGUUUCCCUCGUUCAUCGAUUGCCUGCUUGCAGCUAGGAGCCUCGUUCUAUACCACCACGGCAACAGCCACACCCCAAUACUCGGAGUCACCGCAGGACAAGUCGAGCUCGACCGUAAUGGCGCAGGUCGAGCGUUUGGCUGAUAGCCUGGAGAAACCGUCUGUUGACAACCGCACGUAUCGAGUCAUCAGGUUGCCUAACCAGCUCGAAGCUCUGCUUGUCCAUGACCCGGAUACAGACAAGGCCAGUGCCUCUGUCAACGUCAACGUAGGGAACUUCUCCGACGACGAUGACAUGCCUGGCAUGGCCCAUGCUGUCGAGCAUCUGCUCUUCAUGGGCACCGAAAAGUACCCAAAAGAAAAUGACUAUAAUCAAUACCUGGCCGCUCAUUCCGGUCACUCAAAUGCAUACACAGCUGCUACAGAGACAAACUAUUUCUUUGAGGUUGCUGCUACCUCCCAUCCACGUUCCAAGGCCCCCUCUGCCACGCCGUCCGCUGUGCCGUCUACACCACCAUCUCAGGUUCCAACCCCCGGAGGCACCUUGACAGAUAAAAUGAUUCAUCUCACCGUCGAGGGGGCUCCAAACAGCGCCAGCUCGUCGAUAAGCGAUCUGACUCCACCACUAUACGGUGCACUUGACCGAUUUGCGCAAUUCUUUAUUGCCCCUCUUUUCCUCCCUUCCACUCUAGACCGUGAGCUCCAGGCUGUCGAUUCGGAAAACAAGAAGAACCUGCAGAGUGACCCGUGGCGUAUGUUACAGCUAAAUAAGUCCCUAGCCAACCCAAAGCACCCUUACAGCCACUUUUCAACCGGAAACCUGAAGACUCUGCGUGAUGACCCCCAGGCGCGUGGCCUAGAUGUCAGGAAUGAAUUCAUGAAGUUCCAUGAUAAGCACUAUUCGGCAAACCGGAUGAAGCUGGUUGUCCUGGGAAGAGAGCCGUUGGAUGAAUUGGAGGCAUGGGUUGCGGAGUUGUUUGCGGAUGUCAAGAACAAGGACCUCCCACAGAAUCGGUGGGAUGAUAUCGAAGUGUUCGAAAAGGACAACCUGCUCAAGAUGGUCUUUGCCAAGCCGGUGAUGGACAGCAGAACACUGGAUAUCUAUUUCCCUUACCCUGAUGAGGAAGACUUGUAUGAGUCCCAGCCUAGCCGGUAUAUCAGCCACUUGAUCGGGCACGAAGGCCCCGGCAGUAUCCUGGCCUACAUCAAAUCCAAGGGAUGGGCAACUGAACUCUCUGCUGGUGCAACCCCCCUCUGCCCUGGAUCAUCUCUAUUCAACAUUUCCAUUCGUUUGACAGAGGAUGGACUUCAGCAUUACCAAGAGGUCAUCAAGAUCAUCUUCCAGUACAUUUCUCUGAUUAAGGAGCGAGCACCUGAGCAGUGGAUCUUCGAUGAGAUGAAGAACCUUUCUGAAGUAGACUUCAAAUUCAAACAGAAGUCUCCUGCCAGCAAAUUUACCAGCAGCCUUAGUAGUGUCAUGCAGAAACCAUACCCUCGCGAAUGGCUCCUGAGCGGUUCGAGCUUGCUGCGCAAAUUCGAGCCGGAACUUAUCACAAAGGGCCUCUCGUACCUUAGGGCGGACACCUUCAAUAUCGAGAUCGUAUCUCAGCACUUCCCUGGAGGCUGGGACAAGAAAGAGAAGUGGUACGGCACCGAAUACAAGGUGGAAAAGGUCCCAGAGGACCUCCUAUCUGAGAUUCGCCGUUCCCUGGAGACAUCUAUCGGCAGAACGCCAGAACUGCACAUGCCCCAUAAGAACGAAUUUGUCCCAACUAGGCUAGAUGUAGAGAAGAAGGAAGUUGACGAACCUGCCAAGCGACCGAGCCUGAUUCGAAGAGAUGAUCAGGUCAGGACAUGGUUCAAAAAGGAUGAUACUUUCUGGGUCCCCAAGGCAGCUCUGGAAAUCACUCUACGAACCCCUCUCGUUUACGCGACCCCUGGAAAUAAUGUGAUGGCCAAGCUCUACUGCAGCUUAGUCAGGGAUGCCCUGACAGAGUACUCGUAUGAUGCUGAGCUCGCUGGCCUGGACUAUGACUUGUCUCCAAGCGUUUUCGGCUUGGAGGUAGCAAUUGUUGGCUACAACGAUAAGAUGGCAGUCUUGCUUGAGAAGGUCCUUACCAUCAUGCGCGACCUCGAGAUCAAACCGGACCGAUUCCGGAUUGUCAAGGAGCGUAUGGCUCGUGGAUAUAAGAACGCAGACUACCAACUACCAUACUACCAAGUUGGAAGUUUCACGAGAUACUUAACUGCAGAGAAAGCUUGGAUCAACGAGCAACUGGCCCCUGAACUGGAACACAUUCAACUUGAGGAUGUUGCGGCCUUUUACCCACAGUUGCUUCGCCAGACACACAUCGAAGUUCUUGCUCACGGCAACUUGUACAAGGAAGAUGCCUUGAAGCUUACUGACCUCAUUGAAUCAACCCUCAAGCCCAGAGUCCUUCCACAGUCUCAGUGGCACGUGCGCAGAAACAUGAUCAUCCCUCCCGGUAGCAAUUACAUCUACGAGGAGACUCUCAAGGAUCCUGCCAACAUCAACCACUGCAUUGAGUAUUAUCUCUUCGUCGGAGCUUUGACUGAUCCACAGCUACGUGCUAAAUGCUUGCUGUUCGGCCAAAUGACGAACGAGCCAGCAUUUGAUCAGCUACGCACCAAAGAACAGCUUGGAUAUGUUGUCUGGAGCGGUGCUCGUUACUCAUCCACCACUCUGGGCUACCGUGUCAUCAUCCAAAGUGAACGAGACAAUCAAUACCUUGAAUCUCGAAUCGAUUCCUUCCUUGAAGGCUUCGGGAAGGCCCUCACAUCUAUGUCUGGUGAAGAAUUUGAGGGUCACAGACGAAGCAUCAUCAACAAGCGGUUGGAAAAGCUGAAGAACCUAAGUUCCGAAACCAGUCGUUUCUGGUCUCAUAUCGGCUCCGAAUAUUUCGAUUUCACACAGCAUGAGAUCGACGCUGCCGUGUUGGAGGAUAUAACCAAGGAUGACAUCAUUGCAUUUUACCGCCAGUACAUUGACCCCAGCUCACCUACCCGUGCUAAGCUAUCCGUUCACAUGAAGGCUCAAGCAAGCGCAAGCCUCGUUGCUUCCGCAGAGCAAAAGAGCGCCGUCCUCGCGAAGAUUGAGCAAUUCCUCGGCUCUGCCGGAGCUCUAGUCGAUACCGAAAAGUUUAAGGAGGCGUUCAAGGACAUCACUAUCUCCAGCAACAACCUGGAUGGCAUCAUUUCCACCGUACACAACCACCUCACCUCUGUGCUACAGAUGGCCGAAGACGAAGCCACGAAGCUCCUAGAGCCCGCAAAGGGUGCUUUACCAGCCUUACUCGCCCAGGCCGGCAUCAAGACUAUGACAAAGAGUGACAAGGAAUCCAACUCAGAUGAAAAUUCAGCCCCAACCGCCAAUGGAGCCUCCAAUAACGCAGACAAGCCAUCCAGCCGUAAACCAAUAUACAUCACCAACGUCCCUGAAUUCAAGGCUCGUCUCAGUGUAAGCCCCGCAACGGUCCCGGUCGUCGAUCUGUCUGAAUUCGAAGACUUUGACCCAAAACUAUAA